AUGUCGACAGAGCCAUUACAUGAUGAGGACUACGUCUCACAUGAAGACUCCGACUUUACGCCCGACAAUGCUCUUACGGAGGAAUCCUCUGCUUCAGACAAUGACGAGCCGGCCGAAACCGAGAAGCAGACCCAGUCGAAACGGAGACACGAAGGUGCCAUUGAUGCCGCUAAGGAUGCGGGUUUCGAGAACUCCGGGGACGAGGCUAUAAUUGAAAAAGGGAAAAGGCGACGGAAGAAGGCCAAACGGAAAGAUGAAGGGAUUGGGGAAGAUGAAGGAGGUGAGGGAGGGUUGAUCAAGACGCGUAGCAUGCGCGCGGUUGAAAAGGCCGAAAAACGAGCAGAGGUCGCAAGCGGCCCGGUUACAAUCGACGUGGAUGCGUUGUGGGCACAAAUGACCAUCAAGUCGGGAGGCCGAAAUCAGCAAGAAUCAGCAACCACACAACCAAGAGAAGAACUUGCCGAGCCUUCGUCACCAUCAAAAUUCAAACCAGCGAUCGAGAAACCCGAAGAAUCCGAUCUCAUUCGCAUAAAACGAACCUACAACUUCGCCGGCAAAGUCCACACCGAAGAGAAGCUAGUGCCCCGUGAUUCAGCCGAGGCCAAAUUGUAUCUUGCCGGAAACGGCGGCGAGUCGGCGCCCGCAUAUGGCGAUUCCUCCCCCACGCAGAAACGUAUGCCACGGAAAGCUUUCCGGUCCGUGUUUGAGCCCGUCGCAAUCGAAGGCGUUUCCCGUCGAUCGGACUUGAGCCUGGGCAUGUCAGAUCGUUUACGAGCGCGUGAGACCAAGGAGGCGGAUGCCAAGAAACUGAACACAGUGGAAAAGAGCAGGAUGGACUGGGCUGGGUUCGUGGAUCGGGAGGGUAUCAAGGACGAGCUGGAGCUGGCGGGCAAGUCGAAGCACUCCUUUGCCGCCCGACAGGACUUCUUGGCAAGGAGCGAGGCCCUCAGGGAGGACGAGGCCAGGCGAUUGCGGAUGGCAGGGAAAACAUGA